UGUUAAACUAGUGCAGGGUAUAAAAUCUCCUCUACCCUCCCCCACAGUACAAGCCUCCCUCACUUUCCCCUCCCUCCUGCAAAAUCUUUCACUUGCUCCCAUGGCCUCCGGCUCAGAGCCUAUAGAGUGUCAGGUUCUUGUGCUGAGGGUGUCCAUUCAUUGUGAAGGAUGCAAGAAGAAAGUGAAGAAAGUGCUUCAACAUGUUCCUGGAGUGUUCAGAUGCGACGUCGAUGCCCGGAGCAACAAGGUCAUAGUCACGGCCUCAAGAAAUAUGGACGCCAACAUCCUCGUUGCGAAGCUGCGCAAGUCCGGCAAGCAAGCUGAGCCAUGGCCAGAGGAGCCAAAGCAGCAGCAGCCACCGCCACCGCCUGCAGAGAGCCAAAGCCAAGAGACUAAGAACCAAAGCGACGAAUCCAGCAAGCCGAGUGAUCAACCAGCCGAAAAGCCCGGUCCCGACAAAGCUGAAGGCAGCGCAGCGGAGCCAAACAACCCUCAGCCAUCGCCAGAGCCGACGAAGAGCACCGAUGAGACCCCAAAGCCAAAUCAAGAAAUCCAGGAGCCAUCCAACGCCAAGGCCAACACCGAUGCCAACGCCAGUGGCAAUGCAAGUGACGAGACCAAGGAAGCAGCAGCAACAGGAGAGCAAUCCAGUGAGCCAAAAGGGAAAGUAAAGCAACACCGGGAGAGGCCGAUCGAUGCGAGGGUGACAAUGGAAUACGGCGGAGGCAGCCACGUGAACUACAUGCCGCAACCGCAGCCGGUGCCCGUCAUGAGCUACAAUGUGGCACGGCCGACGGCGAGCGCGGCCUACUACGCCGCCCCACCGGCACCGGCGCCGAUGUCAAUGCCGAUGCCCAUGGCAAGGCCUGGACCAUCAUCACAAGGCUACAUUGACGAGGAGUACUCGCCUUCCUACUACAACCGUUCAUCGCCAUAUGAGCCUUACUACUAUCCUCAACCUUCGCCAUACCGCUACCAGCAUUAUCAGCAAUCUUCAGCUGACGACUACUACUAUGGAGCACCCCAGCAGAGGAGCGCCUUCUCGCCGCCACGGGAUGCUUACGGUGAAAUGUUCAAUGAUGAGAAUUCUAAUUCUUGCAGUGUGAUGUGAAGCAAUGCAGUAAUUUAGCUAGUUUUAUGCUCCUUAACUAGUGACUAUAUGUUAGAUAUAUAGUAGAUUUAGUACCGGUAACCGAUGUAUUAGUAGUACUCAGGUUUCAUGCAUGCUACUAGAAUAAAAUGAGCUGAGCUUGAUGCAUGAGAGGGAGAAUUUGAGGGGUUAAUGAACACUUCUGAUGUUUAUCAGAACAAUUUUGUAACACUUGAUAACAUGGUUAUCUCGGAGAUGAUUCUAAAAUAUAAGUUGGUAUUAUGAAAUC